CCGAUUGAUCGAUUUCACCAUUACUGUGAGUAUUGUUGAACGCCAUUUUCGUUGAAUUGCGACUUACUCUUCGACUUGUCUCGAAUAUGCACAAAGUACGAUACGCAAAAUAGUAAAUCGCGGUAAACGGAAAUUGUUCUCAAUUUAUUUUAAGCCACAGUCGGUUUCAAUGAUUGCAAUAUAAACUUUGAAUUGUUUGCGUUAGAUUACGAUGUAAUAAAGCAAAAUAAAUUCACACGAAAAUUUGUUUUCAAAUAUUUUCCAGUCCCUUACGACGCCAAGGAACAAGUGCUAAAAUGAGUGAAGCCGAUGUCACUUUGUAUUGCAUGAAUGUUAUUAGAAAGACACUAGACCUGUCAUUCCGAUUGUUCAAAAUGACAUUCGCAUACUAAUGAAGCAUUAUUUGGCGCGCAUAUUGAAAAAUAAGACAGCGCGCGCGAACUGACAGCAUUGAGUCAUUGGAUGAUAAUUUGGUUAAAUAAAUGAAAAUAAAUAAGGUAUGAAAACCAAUUGGUUUUUCCAUUCCUAUCCUAUUCUCAAAUGUAUGCAUUCACAAUCACAAUUUGUACCGAGCAUAAAUUCCAAAGAUCAUUGGUUUGUGUGUCAAUGUAAACUUAUCCAAACGUGAUAUGAUUAAGCGACACACACACAUACAACGACAUUGUGUCAAGAAACCAAUAUUCUCUCUUUUCGCUUGCAUAUUUUCAUUCUUUAGUCAGCUGUCCACAUAUACGGUCGUUUGUACCCAGUAAGAAUAUAGAACUACGCAACAAAUAACAGUUGAAACAGUGAAUUGAAUGUAAAAAAAGUUUUAAAAAAAUUGUCCAGAAAAAGUGGUUGUUGUUUGCAUUGUGAUACCGAAAAAAUUGUUGGCGAACAGUGCACAAUGGGCAUCAGAGGAUUGAUGGGAUUUAUCACGAAGAACAAUUCAAACAUUGUCCAAGAAAUUGAUAUUCGCAAUGAAAUUGCGCAAUGGCGAAGUGACCAUGGCAAGGAACCUACGAUCGUAAUCGACGUCAGAUAUUUGAACACAGUUGUACGAGAGCUCGAUGAAGGAAGUUUAAUUUUGGGCGGGCGAUUUCAAAAAUACAAUGAAAUCGUUGAAUAUUUCCUGGGCGAGCUGAAGAAGUGCGGCGUAAAUUUGAAAUUUUUCGCAAGAUUAGCUGAAGGUCGUUUCAAGCAUGUGGAGCAUUUUGAUUCAAACAUCAAUGCAUUCGAUUGCAUGAAGCGAUACGGGAAUUUACGCAAUUUCUCAAACACCAAUCGAACUGUUCGACCCAAUGAAAGAUUUUGGUACAAUUUGUUGCGUUUAUGUGCCAAAUACGGUCAAGUGGAAGCUCACUUCUGGCGUCAUUGGUGGCAUGUUAAGGAUUACAUCAAAGUUCAUCAACGCGAUGUGUUGGCCAUUAUGACAUCGGAAACAAGGUUUUUGACGCUUGACUUGGACUUUGAAUAUUGGAGCCUCACAAAUGUUCAGCUUUCCACUUUGAGAAUCAUGAAAAUUUGUCGCAAAACAUUGUAUGAUGUGCUUGGUUUGAGCCCGAUCCAAAUGCAAUUACUGUCAACACUGUCGAAUCUUAAAAAUAUCGACACACCGGUGCAACACUUUUUAAACAACCUAGAAGGUGGUGCCCAUUCAAUUUUAAGAUUGUCUACGUACAUCAAGAAGCAAGAAAUUAAGACAGGUGGCUUCGAUUUGAAGAAGAUCGCUUCUGAUAUCUACGGGGACAGUCUAACUACGGAAUUACUUAAGAAUAUUGAACAAAACUUCAAAACUAAUUCCGACAACAAUGACUUAGUUGCAGAGGUGCAACACAAAUACGAACGGCAUGCCGUAAAGUUGGCCAAUGAAGAUGCCGAAUUCGAAACGUUCUUCAAAUUUUGCAGCAAUGAAAUUUUUUUCGCAUACAAGCUCAUGCUUGAAUAUUCGUCGAUUCCCAAAGAUCUGUUAUACAUAGAUGUGCGGCAAUCAGACACCGGCCCGUUCAUCGAUUUAAUGGUUGAAGUCACUCUCAAACUAUGCGGCAUCGCAUUCAAAGACAUAGCACUUGAUAAACGACCCAAAACCCGUGUUAUCAAAAUUCAACGAGUAUUUAACGAAGAGAUUGCUGAAAUCGAAGAGGAUAUCAUCUAUCCCGCAUUGGCUUUGCCAACUCUCAACGAUUUGAUCAUCGAGGAAGAUAACCAACAAUUUGCCGAGCCGCGUUGGUCUCUGUUGCAAUGGUUGUUGGAUUUGGACGGCAAAGACAUUACAUCGAUCAAGAAAGCAUGUGAUUCAAAGUACAUCCGAAUUGUUCUGAUCACGCUGAAAUUCUUGCUAUCGCACGCCAUCAUUUCAACGCAUGAAGCUGAUAUUCUCAUGUUGACCGAAUCAGAUGGCCGCAGUAAAAAUAAUGUUUAUGUGCCAAAAAGCUUUCGGCCGCCACCUCCGAUGCCAAACUGGCGCCAUCCGGAAUACGUCGCUAUGUCAUGGGUUCAGACCGCUCAUAAAUACACCAUUGCUUUUGACCUGGUUCGCCACUGUCUGGAACUGUGUGGCUUACGUAGAGAAACGGAUUCCAUCCAAUUUGACGCUUUUGAAUUUCACGCCAACAUGCAUCAAUCGGAAAAUGACAACAGACAAAUCCAACGGAUGAUGACUCGAAUGAAGAACAUUCGCUUGUGGUGAAUUUGAGAAAAAAAUUCUGGAUUUUUAUGCAAAUUCAUACAAACCAAACAAAUCGCCAAAUGAAUACGAUUUGCAAAACAUCUUUUUUUCGAUGGCCUGCAUUAGAACCAAAAACAUUAACUCAACUUUGAAUUGCAUUCGACGCUAUCGUUAGGAUGAUGAAAUCAUUCCAAUUUUCAUAUAUAUAAACACAAUUUUCAUUUGAAAAUAAAUCGUUCAUAGGUGUAAAAUUCAUUCAUUUGUCAUGUAAAAUCAAAAUAACAUACAAAUACAUUGAAAUACACAACAAUUUGAUGUAAAUUGAUGAGAGAAGUCAUCAUAAAUGAUACAAAUUUGAGGUUAUAAUACAAACAAUAUCAAUAAAACACAGUGUUGACAGAAUCAGUCAAUGACAGAUUGAUUUGCAUAUCGGCAA